AUGUAUUUAGAAGGUCGUCAAAAGCGGACCUAAUAAGUUUUGCCCAAAACGCAUUCGGAUGCUCACAUCUUCAGAAAUUCAUAGGCUAACAGACACAAAAAAUUGCAAAAAAUCAUCAAUUUGAGUCAUUUCUCUCAUAUAUUUUAAAAAAGCUCUGACCGCUCCUCCAAAGCAGCACAAUUCUUUUAAUAGGUCGUCAUGAGUGGAGUCAAGAAAUUUUGUCCAAAAAGCAUGCAGACGCCCUAACCUCUCACCAAUUCAUAAGCUAACACACAUGAAAAAUCACAAAAUAUUCUCAAUUCCUGCUAUUCGCUUAUAUGGCGAGAAAAGAAGUUGUGAAAUAUUUUGAGAGAGAAAUUGAGGGGUAUUAAGGUCAUUUGAUAAGUUAAUGCAUGUGUUAAAAGUCUUUGUAUUAUUGAUACAUAGGAAAUGAAGUGUAUUGCUAAUACACACUUUAAUACAUAAUAGAGUGCGCAUUAGUUAUACAUAAACAAAAAGACAUAUCAAACAAGGUACUACUAAUACACAUUAACUAAUGCAUACAUUAUAUUUUUCGAUACACUCUACCAAACGAACCCUAAUUCACUACUCUAAUGCAUGCAUUAACUUUUCCAAUUAAUGCAACCAAACGACCCCUUAGAGAGAAAAAUUCACUAAUUUUAAGCAAAGGGUUAAAUCUUUCCACUAUCUUCAAAACUUGAAGCGCCUCUUCUUUCUCUCAAUCAAGAACAAACCAAGUACCAACCAACAACAUGGUGGAAGAUGAAGGGAAGAAGGAGGAAGUAUUAACACAAGGAAAAGACAAAGAAGAAGGAGAAGAAAAAAGUGAAGAGAUGAAGCCAUGGGAGCAACAUUCUGCUGUGAUAAGCAUCCCUCGUUAUGAUUACAAUGCUACUUCUUCUCUCCUUGCCAAUUCACAUUCUGGGUUUCUCAUCACUUGCCCCAUCAAGAGGGAGAAAAGUGCAACAAAAGAAGCUAUAGGCAUCCUUGAAAAGUAUAUUGAUUCAGAUCAUGAUGCUAAGCGAAGGAAAACAUGCGUGGAAGAUGCUGAUAAAGAAUGUGAUGGGGCACGAGAACGUGCAGCUAAUGAGCAUGUGAAUUCUGAAUCUAGUACAUCUAUGGAGAAAAGUGACAUUCUCUCGCUUGUCAAGUUAACGAGAAGCGGAUUAGUUCUCUUUAAAUUUCCAUUCGACAAGUCUCCACCAAUUGCUGACAUCGUUUCACAGGUUUUUCAGUCCCUAGAAUCUGGAAUAUUGAAGUCUCCUCUUUGGUGCAAUCGGAUAUUACCAAUUCAAGGUACUUGCUGUUUAGAUGAGAAGGAACUUAAGAAGAUCGUGACAAAGCUCGUAGGGAAGUUUAUGAACAGUAGGCAGAAGGAGACUGGAAACACUGUUAAGUUUGCAGUUGGUUAUAACAGGAGAGGGAUUGAAGAAACCGAGAUGAAGAAUCUUCGAAAAUCUUCCAGUGAUUCUGAUGCAUUUGCUUUGUUGGAUCGCAACAAAUGCUUCAGCGUCGUGGCAGCAGCAGUGAAAGAAGUUGUGCCAGAUUCGAUGGUGGAUUUGAAAAAUCCGGAGCUCUCUGUGCUCGUUGAGGUACUUCCGCUUUCUGGAGUACCGGAUAAAACAGCCAUAGUUGGUGUAUCGGUUCUUCCACGAGCACUUGUUAGUACAAAGCCUCGACUUUGCAUCAAGGCCUUAGUCUCCGAUACAAAAGAGAUGAAUAAGAAGAAAAAAUAACAGUACCUCAAUGAACAGGAAGUUUCCCUAGUCCCUCGUCUCAACCGGAACAGGAUGCAAAUUCCAAUUUUUUGUCGAAACCACCUCUUGCAGAAAUGCAAACGUAAGGUUGCCUACAAUAGACCUUGGUGGUCCGGCCUUGCUUACAAUAGACCUUGUUGGUCCGGCCCUGCCUACAACCGACCUUGCUGGUCCGGCCCUGCCUACAACAGACCUUGGUGGUCCAGCCCUGCCUACAAUAGCUCGCUCAUAGCGGGAGUUUAGUGCACCAGGCUGCCGUGUUGGUGGUUGCUACUAUAUUGCUAGUUGAGAUUCUUAUGCUAGUUGAAGUAUCAGAGUACUAUUACUUCUCAUUUUUAUUUGCAUUUAGUAUAAUGUUGUUGUCUAUGAUGUUAUUGGAUGUUGUAAUUUCUGUUGUAUUUUGUUCUUUUAUUUUUGUUGGUGGUGUUGAGUGA